AUGAAAGAUUUCUUAGACCGUAUAUCGAUUCCAUCCUUUGAUGCCGUAUCGUAUAUCAACAACCACGCGAACAAUGUGUCGGAGUUGCCGAAUAUCGCUAUCGCCGUUUCUGGAGGAGGAUACCGUGCAUUGACCAAUGGAGCAGGUGCCUUGAAGGCAUUUGACAGCCGAACCGAGAAUUCUACCAGCUCGGGACACCUUGGAGGACUGCUGCAAUCCUCCACAUACGUGUCAGGUCUCAGUGGUGGAAGUUGGCUGUUAGGAUCGGUCUAUCUCAACAACUUCACUACCAUCUCUGCGCUACAGACCCAUGGGAAAGGGGACGUUUGGCAGUUCAGUCGAUCGAUCCUCAAAGGACCAGAUGAUGGCGGCAUCAAGAUCCUUGACAGUGCUCAGUACUGGCGGGACCUCGUCCACAUGGUGGACGGCAAGAAAGAUGCCGGGUUCAACACAUCGCUGACCGAUUACUGGGGUCGUGCACUGUCCUACCAGUUCAUCAACGACACGGACGGGGGUGUGGAUUACACCUGGUCUUCGAUCGCUCAGACGGACGACUUCAAAGCUGGCAAGAUGCCCAUGCCGCUCGUUGUGGCUGAUGGCCGUGCUCCCGGCGAGCUGGUGGUGGGAAGCAACUCGACCGUCUAUGAGUUCAACCCGUGGGAAUUUGGUUCUUUCGAUCCCACCAUCUUUGGUUUCGCACCACUGGAGUACCUCGGCUCGCCAUUCGAAAACGGGGAACUCCCCCAGGGUGCAUCGUGUGUCCGGGGUUUUGACAACGCGGGAUUCGUGAUGGGCACGUCGUCUACCUUGUUCAAUCAAGGCUUGCUGCGGUUGAAUAAAACUGAUCUGCCAGAUGUCAUCAAGUCAGUCGCGGAACACAUUUUGGAAGACAUUGGAGAAGCCAACGAUGAUAUCGCCAUUUACUCACCUAAUCCAUUUUAUCGCUACCGCAACUCCACCGCCGCUUAUUCCAACGCUAACGACCUGGAUGUGGUCGACGGUGGCGAAGACCAGCAAAAUAUCCCCCUCCAUCCGUUAAUUCAACCACAGCGACAGGUGGACGUAAUUUUUGCCGUUGACUCGUCGGCCGACACGUCUUAUAACUGGCCUGAUGGACACUCGCUGGUGGCCACGUACGAACGCAGUCUCAACUCGACGGGCAUUGCCAACGGCACAGUCUUCCCAGCGGUCCCUGAUCGCCACACCUUCAUCAACCAGGGCUUGAACGAGCGUCCGACCUUCUUUGGCUGCGACGCGGCUAACCUCACCGGCCCGGCACCCCUGGUGGUGUAUCUCCCCAACUCGCCUUACAGCGCGUAUUCCAACACGUCCACCUUCCAGCUGAAAUACUCGGAUGAGGAGCGGGACUCGAUCAUCACGAAUGGGUACGAAGUGGUUACUAUGGGCAAUGCUACCGAGGAUAAGGACUGGCCGACGUGCGUAGGCUGUGCGAUUCUUUCGCGCUCGCUGAACCGGACGGGGACGGCGGUACCGGAGGCUUGUCAGACAUGUUUCCAGCGGUAUUGUUGGAAUGGAACCGUCGACAGUCGCGAUCCUGGGGACUAUGAGCCAUCGCUGUUGCUGUCGACGUCGACUUCGGGAUCUAGCAAGAUGUCAUCGUUGAACCGUACGGCAGCGGUGAUUGCAUUGGCAGCAGUUGUGUUUACAACGGUUUGA